CAAUAACACAACCCAUCUCUCUCUCUCUCUCUCUCUCUCUCUCUCUCUCUCGCACCAUUUGAGGAGGCGAAAAUGGUGGCUCUCGAAGAUCGAACUAGGGUUUAAUCCGCGAGGCAAAUCGUGGUUCCGGGCAUGGAUGUGGCGAUGAACGUGAAGCAGGAUCUCGAGCAGCCGCAGCCGCAGCCGCAGCUGCAGACGCAGACGCAGAGCGACCACAGCUCCGACCACUUCACCCACCCCUCUCCUCCUCCGCCGCCGCCGCCGCCGCCGCCGCCGCCUCCCCUCGCCGCCCCCCAAUUGGCACCGUUUCCUGUUAGGUCCAUUGAAAGCCCUGUAUCUGCUAAUUCUUUAAAGAACUGCUCCAUGAAAGCAUCGUUAGAUUCCCAGGCUUCUCUCCUUAGGAUCGACGAGAGUUUAUCACCAGCAUCUCUUGAUUCAGUUGUAGUUGCAGAAAGAGAUAUAAAAAGCGAGAAAUAUGGAAAUGCCAGCCCCCUCAACUCGUCAGUGUGUGUGGAAGCUGAUCAGUUGAUGCGGGUACCUGCAGAGCAUGAGGGAGAUUUUGCUGGAACUUCAUAUAUACCGGUUUAUGCAACACUUCCUAGUGGCAUCAUCAACAAUUAUUGCCGGCUGGUUGAUCCAGAAGCUUUGCGGCAAGAGUUAAGGCAUCUAAAGUCUUUGAAUGUUGAUGGAGUGGUUGUAGAGUGUUGGUGGGGAAUUGUUGAAGGUUGGAGCCCUCACAAAUAUGAAUGGUCGGGUUACAGAGAUCUCUUUAAUAUCAUCCGAGAGUUCAAGCUGAAAGUUCAGGUCGUGAUGGCAUUUCAUGAGUAUGGAGGCAAUGGCUCUGGCGAUAUGCCUAUCUCCCUUCCGAAGUGGGUUUUGGAGAUUGGAAAGGAUAAUCAAGAUAUCUUUUUCACGGAUCGUGAAGGGAGGAGGAACACAGAGUGUCUUUCCUGGGGAAUCGACAAAGUGCGCGUACUAAAAGGAAGAACUGGAAUAGAGGUCUGUUUUGACUUCAUGAGGAGCUUCCGCACGGAAUUCGAUAACUUAUUUGAGGAUGGCCUCAUUGCUGCUGUCGAAAUUGGACUUGGUGCUUCUGGGGAAUUGAGAUACCCUUCGCAUCCAGAAAGAAUGGGUUGGAGGUAUCCCGGUAUCGGUGAGUUUCAGUGCUACGACAAAUAUAUGCAACAGAAUCUGCGACGAGCCGCAAAGUUGCGAGGACAUUCAUUCUGGGCGAGGGGACCUGAUAAUGCAGGCUAUUAUAAUUCAAGACCACAUGAAACCGGAUUCUUCUGUGAAAGGGGUGACUAUGAUAGCUACUAUGGGCGAUUUUUCCUUCAUUGGUAUUCACAAACUCUCACAGAUCAUGCAGAUCAAGUACUUUCUCUUGCUAAUCUCGCAUUUGAAGGAACACAAAUAGUUGUUAAGAUUCCGUCAAUAGACUGGUGGUACAAAACUCUGAGCCAUGCUGCAGAGCUCACAGCAGGAUUCUACAAUCCCACGAACCAAGAUGGGUAUUCCCCAGUUUUCGAUAUGCUCAAGAAACAUUAUGUUACUAUGAAAUUUGUUUGCUGCAUACCACAAGCCUCUGCUCCGGAAAACGAGGAAGCAUUGGCUGAUCCAGAAGGCUUAACCUGGCAGGUUCUGAAUGCGGCGUGGGAUCGUGGGUUAGCUGUUGCUGCUCACAGUAUGCUUCCAUGUCAUGACAGAGAGUAUAGCAUUAGGAUUCUCGAAACUGCAAAGCCGAGAAACGAUCCCGACCGCCGCCACCUUUCCUUCUUCACAUACCAUCAGCUAUCACCUGUCUUUGUGCAGAGGGAAAUUUGCUUCCCCGAACUGGAUUACUUCAUUAGGUCCAUGCAUGGGGAAGCUACCAACUAUGUUCAAGAUUGAAUACUUGUAGAAAUCCUAAUUUUCUCAGAGACUACAAACUUUGACAUGAAGAAGAGAGUGAA